AUGUCCUCCCGUGGCCCUGGAGCAGCCCUGGGGCUCGAUUCCCAGCCCAGCUGCAGCCCCCCGGUGCCUGCACCAAGGAGUUCCCCCCUGGCUCGGCCUCUCUGUGCCCCCUGGAGCUGCUCCCUCGCCCUGCUCGGCCACGAGGAGCCCGUGGAGAGUGGCACCAGGAGCCGCUGCGAGCCGGGGGUGGCGCUGCUGGAGCGCUCCUGCCCCGGCCCCGACCCGCAGCUGCUGCGCAGGAUCGUGGCGCAGGUGGAGUUCUACCUGUCCGAUGAGAACCUGGCCAGGGACGCCUUCCUGCUCAAACACGUGCAGAAGAACAAGAUGGGCUUUGUCAGCAUCAAACUGCUGACAUCCUUCAAGAAGGUGAAAUACCUGACCCGGGACUGGCGCCUCACCCUCUACGCCCUCAAGUUCUCGGCGCUGCUGGAGGUGAACAAGGAGGGCACCAAAGUGCGGCGGCGCCUCCCCAUCCCCGAGCACCUGCUGAGCAUCCCCCCGAGCAAGCUGCUGCUGGUCUGGGAGCUGCAGCCGCGGGAGCAGGACCUGCCCCUGCAGAAGACCUUCCUGGACACCAUCACCAGGAUUUUCAGCCCCUUCGGAGCCAUCGCCUCCAUCCGCCUGCUGCGGCCGGGCCGCAAACUGCCCUCGGACGUGCGCAGGUACUCGGCGAGGUUCCCGGAGCUGCUGAGCCGCUGCUGUGCCCUGGUGGAGUACGAGAGCCUGGAGAGCGCCCGCAGCGCCGCCGACAGCAUCGGGCAGUGCGACUGGCGCAGCGGCAUCAGGGUGGUGCGGCUGAGCGGCAAGGGAGGCAAGAAGAAAUCCAGCGAGGAGAAAGCGGCUUGGAAGGUGCCACCAGCACCGGCUCUGAGCAUCCCCCGCAGCCCCAGGGAGGGGUCCCUGCCCUGCGGUGAUGCUGCAGGGUCGCUGUCCUUCCUCCUGCACCAGGAGCUGCUGGCACCGACCUGGCCUGGCGGUGAUUUCACAACGGGACAUUCCAGAAGCUUCCCCUGCUCGUUCCUCCCUGAGCUCGGGGUGGGCACUGAGAGCUGCCCUGGGGGUGCAGCAGGGUCCUGGACACCCUGGGGCAGCGGGCUCUGUCCCAAAAGUUCCCUCAGUGAUGCUCAGGGGGUGUCUGAGCCCCUCAGCCUGUGGGACGGGGUCCUGCCCUUGCCCCACAGCCCCAAGAGCUUCAGGAGAGAAGAGCUCGUCCUGCGGCGCUGAGAAUCCUUCAAUCCAGGGCUGGGGGUUCUCACUGUCUCUUUUUUUCCCCUUCUUCUCUCUCGAGAGGAAGGCUUUCCUAUGGUCCUGCGAGCUGUGGGCAGUGGCAGAGCAGCUGAGCCAGGGCACAGAAGUUUUGGGGCACGGGCGAUGCUCGAGGCAGAGCAGCAGCAGGAGCUGUGCUGUGCUCAUGCCAGUGAGACUGUGCUU